ACUGAGAAAUGUAUUUUUGUAGUAGGAUAAACUACAAAUAAAAAAUGAAAUAGGAAGGCAACUAUUUUAUCUUGGAAGGAGAGUAGGAAGGGAGGUGAAAAAGGAAAAUGAGGGGAGCAGUUAUGACUCAUUUGUAAAGAAGGAGCGAAGUGGAAUCUAGAUGAACACUGAGGUAAGAGUUAAAGAAUAGGUCAUUUUAACUUGAAAUGGGGAAAUUUGUGCAAAAGAACCUUGUCUCCGAUACUGGGAUUAGUGACAAACUGAAUGACCCUAAUGUAGUUUUAUAAUUUCAAUUGAUCAAGUAAGUGAAGAAGGCUGAAUAUCCUCUGCUUUACCUUCCUAUGUAUAAUGUGUACCUCUCUGACUUUAUCACAUUAUCUAAUGUCUUCUCAAAUAAUCAGCAGCCAGAUGUGUGACAUAUAUAUUGUGUCACAGAACAUAUGGGAAUUAGGUUUCAGACACAGGAUGAAAUCUAAUAACCAACAUUCAUUUUUCCCUUUUGAUGUGUCUAUGGACAUGAUUAGUAGGAACCAUGGCACAUUGUUCCUUUUGAAUGCCCCUGCUUUAUUUCCACAGAUCUAUAUAUGCUGGGAAAAGACUUCAGAAAUGGGAAACUCUGGAGAUCACCAAAUAUUGGCAAAAAGGAAUCCAUCUCUAUCUCUUACUCAUGGCAGGUCUCUAAUACGCACUGCCAAAAAGAAAGAAAAUUUAUUAUAGAAAAGGCAAGCAAGUAUUUAAAAGGGUUUCCCUCUUAGGGAUUGUAAACUUCAGAAUAACAGCAAGCUCUAAUUAAAGUAUGAGUCAGUACUUAAGCAAAUUUUUAGCUGGGGAGAUAAAGCUGGACAAGCUGAAAAGAAGAGAAGCUUCAUUAAAUGAAAGGUUGUUUUUAAAUCCAAUCUUAUCCUUUCAUUUUACAGAAAUUGUCAUGUGGCAACGGCACUUUUACUUUCCUGAGGUUGCACAAAAACAACUUCCAGAUCAACUAUAGCCCAUGAGUCAUCUCCCAGUAACAGGCACCCUCCACAAUACCUUUCCAACGGAUAUUUACUAAAGCACCUUCAAGGCUGACUAUCCCUGUCUUGUUUCUGAAGGGAGGCCCUGCCCACUGUGUAGCACCAGCCAUGAAGAACCAAAGCACGGUGACCGAAUUCACCCUGACGUCUUUCCCAGUGCUCCCGGAGCUUCGGGCCUUCCUCUUUGCAGUUCUCCUGUUCACUUACACAUUAACUGCAACAGGAAACAUUAUCAUUUCCCUAAUAUGGACAGAUAAUCGCCUGCAAACCCCAAUGUACUUCUUCCCCAGUAAUCUGUCCUUUCUGGAUAUUUUAUAUACUACUGUUGUUACCCCAAAGCUGCUAGCCUGCCUCCUAGGAGAGAAGAAAACCAUAUCUUCUGCUGGCUGCAUCACCCAAGCAUACUUCUGUUUUUACGUGGGGACAGUGGAAUUUAUCCUGCUGGCAGUGAUGUCCUUUGACCGCUAUGUGGCUAUCUGUAACCCCCUGUGCUACCCCAUCAUCAUGAACAGCAGGGCCUGCCUCCUGCUGGUUCUAGGCUGCUGGGUGGGGGCCUUCUUGUCUGUGCUGGCACCAACCAUUGUAGUGACAAGGCUACCUUACUGUCACAAAGAAAUUAAUCAUUUUUUCUGUGACAUUGCCCCUCUUCUGCAAGUGGCCUGUAUAGAUAUGCACCUCAUUGAGAAGAUAGACUUCCUCCUAUCUGCCCUUGUCACCCUGAGUUCCCUGGCCUUCACUACUGGGUCCUAUACCUACAUCAUUUCUACCAUCCUGCGUAUCCCCUCAGCCCAAGGCCAUCAAAAAGUUUUUUAUACCUGCCCUUCUCACAUCACUGUUGUCUCCAUUGCCUAUGGGAGCAACAUCUUUGUGUACGUAAGACCCAAUCAGAACUAUUCACUGGAUUUUAACAAGGUAGCUGCUGUCCUCAUUACAGUAGUGACCCCUCUUCUGAAUCUUUUCAUUUAUAGCUUGAGAAAUGACAAGGUGAAAGAACUGUUGAGAGACUCAAUGGAUAGAAUCAUAUUCUUGAUACUAAGGAAAACACAUUAGCAUUUAGUACAAUAUGUCACAUAACAUUCCUUAUGUUCAACUUUCAUUCUGCAUGGAUAUAGUGUCAUGCUGGUACAUUAGAAACCCAAGGCUGUGUCAACAGGACAAGCCAUGAUCAUACCAAGCUGAAAGGAAAUUCUGCCUAUGUCUGAGAAAAAUCUAAUCCAUAAACUAUAUGGUAUCUCCAAACCAUAAAAACAUGAAAAUUUACCUAAUGGAAAUUCAGAGACCUACAAAUCUAGUCUUGGCUAAAUCAGUUUAUUUUCCAGGUGAGUUAGACCAUAUCACAAUUUAUCUGAGCCUCAAUGUCUCCAUCUCUAAAUGAAAUAAUAGCAAAGGAUCGUUAUUUGUAAAGAGACAUGUAAAAUUUAAGAAGUUUUUGUCCUGGCUAGGUGACUCAGGUGGUUGGAAUGUUAUCCUGUACACCAAAAAGUUUGCAGAUUUGAUUCCCAGUCAGGGCACAUACCUAGGUUUCAGGUUCCAUCC